AUGAGGGCGCGCGUACGCAGACGGGCAUUGCAGGCGCUGGUCGAGUCCCUUUGCGCCGGUGAAUCGAAGAUCCCCACGAUGAAGUGGCGACGGCAAUAUCUCAAAACGCCUGGUAUUGGCCCUGCCGCUGUGUCUGUCAUUGUGAACCACAUCCAAGGACUGCCGCUGGUCGUGUCCGGUCCUGUGACGCCUGCACCACAGUCACUCAAGAAGCGACCGUGGCACCAAAUCCGCACACUUGACAUGCGUGCGCUGCACGUCGGCGACGACGGCUUUGUGGAGAUGAUGAGUGCGCUACUGGAGGACACACUCAUCGAGAACGUGAUCUUCGCUGGUAACAAUAUCACCGAUGACGGUGUACGUCGACUCGUCAGUCAUAUACAGAGCUUCAACAACACGCCAACAGUGGACAGUGGGACAUCAGCUGCCGCGGAAGCAGGGACGGCCGCAGGCAGUGUGCCCCAGAAAAGACUCCCAUGUAAGCUGAAGCUGCUUGCGCUCACCGAUAAUUUUAUCACCUCGGAAGGCAUUGCCACUUUUACCACCGUAGCCCCGCUUUUCCUCUCCCUGGAGCAGCUCGAGGUGGGUCGCGGCCAGAGCGCCGGCGGUGGCGAUGUCGACGACGUCCGCGACACCCUCAGUGCCCAGCACAUCACAGCCCUUUCCAGGUACAUCCAGCGCACACCAAAGCUGGUGACCUUUCUGUACAAAGGAAACGGCAACUACUACGCCCGCAGCGGCUUCACGCCGGAUGGGAUGACCGCGUUUGUAGACGCCGUUGUUGGUGACAGUGCUCUUAAGGAGCUGUAUCUGCAGGAAUGCUUCAGCACAAAGCCGGGCGUGGUAGGGCCUCUCACGGUGCAGGCCCCACGAGGCGGGAAGGAGGCCGUGAGAGCUGAUCUCGAUGACUCGUGGGCACCAGAGAAGCUGCUGCAGCCGAUGCAGGCGCUUGCCACAGCGCUGAAUGCUGCGACCAGCAAUCUGUCCACGCUUAUCCUCCGCUUUCCGCUCAGCGACGAGGCGGUUCAGACGCUUUCCAUCGGCCUUGCACAAACGCCGCACCUGCUUGACCUCAGCCUGCGCGGCUGCGACCUCUCGAGCAAGGCGCUUGGGGUAAUCGGUGACGCACUCUGCAAAAAUAAAGUGCUGCGCAUGCUCGAUGUGUCCUACCAGUCCAACACGAUUGCACACCCCGCCUUCAUGGCGGAGCUGCGCAGCUCAUCAAAGCGGCGGUUGUCCUUUAUCUCGACAGUGGGCUACACCGCCGCGGAAAUGGCGCGGCAAGACCUCAGCAGCAGCGGUGCUGAGGUGCCAUCGCGCGAAGAGCGUCAGCACCCGCUGCUCCCUAUCAUUCGCAGCCUCCACAAGAACCGCUCCCUUUCACAGCUUGUGAUGCUAGGGGUGAACAUUUCGACGGAUGACAUCGAGGAGCUGUGCGCCUGCAUCGAGCGCAGCGGCAACCGCACCCUUGUAGAGGUGUGGUACACCCGCGCUGGCAGCGACGCGCUCGACAUGAAGCUAGAGGACUUCCUUGCAUCCAACCGGCAGCGCGGCGCUGGCGCCAGCGCCGCGGCUGGUAGCGGUCCCUUCGGCUGCUCUUUGGGCAGCACCUACGGCGGGUUGGCGUUGCCGGUGAGCAGGUCGAGCGGCACGCUUUUCCCUGAUGCCGCCUUGUCGGACAGCACCGAAUCGCCGACGAAAUCGACAAAGGAAGGCAACUCCGCCGUGCGUAACAGAAAAAUGGACAUCCCACACGGGUUGGCCCCCUCUCUGGUCCCUAUCCUUCACCACACACCACACAACGGCGAUCGUCGGGCACCGCCGUCAUCGCUCGAGAGCACGCAGACCGUCCUGAAGGCGGUCACGGUGAACACGAAGAUGAACACGGCGACGUUCGCUGCCGAGCGCGCCUCACCUUCAGAGGUGGCGGUGUCACUUGUCUGCAACGGUGGCGAUGCUUCCGUGGUGCGACAGAGCUCCACGCAGCGCGUGAACAGCGAGGACAAAAGCUGUCUCAGUCUGCACUCAGGGGACAUCGCCGACGACGCCGGCACAGUGCCGUACUACUCUCAGAUGCCUUCGGAAGGGCGAAAGAAGCAGUAG